UAUAUUUCCUAUCGUUGUAUACAUUUAAAUACUUUGCCUUCCGUUAGAAGUAUUCAAAACACCUCUAGAAUUACAUACUAUACUAAGCACAGAUAUGAAACCGACCUCGCUGAUCAUGGUAUAUAUUUUCGCUAACGCGGUCACACUACCGCAAUCUAAAGCGGAUAGUUGUUUAUAUAAACUACCAAUGCCGACCAAAUAUGAUCCUGACGAUUGCAAUGGGUUUUUCGCACUUUACAAUGAUCAAUAUAUACAAGAAUAUUGUCCACCUGGUGCCAAGUACAGUGUAGCCUUAAGUUGUUGUGUAAUUGGACGUUGUCCUCCUUGUAAUUGUGAAGGCAUAGAAACAACAACGGCGCCAACUUCUACUAGUGUAAGCCAUCCAACAAUAACUGACAUUACCAGCAAGCAAACAACUCAAACUACAACGGAUGGAACUACAAUUGUUACCUCAAAUGAAACGACCACUAUUACCCAUGUAACCACUGACAUAACAACAGAGACGGAGAGCACAAUAUUUACAACAGAGGUAUCCAGUGAAGCACCAACGAGUGAAGAGUCUUCGACAACUUCAAAUCAAAUAGAGAAAACAACGACGGAGCAAACAGAUGAGCCAAUUGAAACUACAACAGAAGGAACUACACUUGUUACCUCAAAUGAAACGACCACAGUUACCCAUGUAACCACUGACAUAACAACAGAGACGGAGAGUACCAUAUUUACAACAGAGGUAUCCAGUGAAGCACCAACGAGUGAAGAGUCUUCGACAACUUCAAAUCAAACGGAGAAAACAACCACGGAGAAAACAGAUGAGCCAAUUGAGACUACAACAGAAGGAACUACACUUGUUACCUUAAAUGAAACGACCACAGUUACCCAUGUAACCUCUGACAUAACAACAGAAACGGAUAGUACAAUAUUUACAACAGAGGUAUCCAGUGAAGCACCAACGAGUGAAGAGUCUUCGACGACUUCAAAUCAAACGGAGAAAACAACCACUGAGCAAACAGAUGAGCCAAUUGAAACUACAACAGAAGAAUCUUCUUCAACUAAAACCACUUCCUCAUUGUUGACUUCAACAAGCAAGAAAACAACCACUGAGCAAACAGAUGAGCCAAUUGAAACUACAACAGAAGAAUCUUCUUCAACUAAGACCACUUCCUCAUUGUUGACUUCAACAAGCAAGAAAACAACCACUGAGCAAACAGAUGAGCCAAGUAAAACUACAACAGAAGAAUUUUCUUCAACUAAAACCACUUCCUCAUUGUUGACUUCAACUCCGACCGAAACAUCUAAGGGAACAACCGCUAUAACACCACAAUCAUGUGCAACCUUGCCGACAGGCACUUUCCUACCUGAUCCAGAUCAUUGCAGCCGUUACUAUGUUUGCACUUUUGGUCAGGCUACCUUGAUGCAUUGUCCAUCCCCACUUUGGUUCGAUCCAAGGUUAAAUGUGUGCAACUAUAGAGAAAAUGUAAUAUGUGCUGCGAAUAAGGACUGAUCUUCGUUUAACUCUGUACCUAUAUAAGGAUGAACGUGCACAUGUGUUGCUCAAUAAAAUUAAAUAAAAAAACUUUCUUCAUUUCAA